AUGCUGAGCUUCAAAAAUAAAAAAAAUAUAAAAAGUAUAUAUUGCUGUAGGUUCUGCAUAGUUCCAUAUAUAAGAUAUCGAAAUUCUUCAACAAGUAAUAAUACUGGAAGUGGUGAACAGACAGAUAUCACAUGUAUGUCUAUACUAAAUUUGCUGAAGACUAAAUACUCAAAUAAUACAGUCUAUUAUGAAGCAAAAUCUAGUAGUGAACAGUUAGAACUAAGAGAGUCUCUUAAAAAAACUGAUAGCUGUGAAACUCAAUUAGAAACAGGCAAGCAAAGUGAUACAAGUAUGCCAAUAAUAGAUUUUUCAAAGAAGAGUAUAUCUAAGAAAAGUGUGUCUAAGAAAAGUGUGCAGAGUAGCAAUAAAGCUAAUAUAAACCUUAUUGGGUGUUUUAAGCCACAAAGUUAUGAUGACAACAUGGACCUUUGGUUUCUUUCUAAACGUUUUGCUAAUAAAUCUAAUAUCAAUAAUUCCUUGAAGAAUAUAACAGAAAAUAGAGAGACAGAAAAUUCAGUUAAAGAUAUCAUUGCAAAAACAAUGGGGUGGUUUGAACAGACAUCUAAUAUCAAUUUAGAAACUUUAAAGAAGGAGUUAGAGUGCUUAACAGAUGCAACUAUUGAAAAUAGGACCAAUUUAGUUAAUUUUUUAUAA